CGUUGGGUUGGUUGGUUAGAAGUACAGCUCUGUGGACGCAUUUAAAGUUACGAAGUUCUCUGCACAAGACAAAACCUGUAGUCCCAAAAUGCCAUUUCCCAGAUGUCCAGAUCAACUUAGUGACCUUGCAAUAGAUGCGUUUGUAAAGUAUGUGGCAGGACUGCCAACACGUCUAGUAGCUUUGUCACGGCUCACAAAGAUCAAGGAAUUUAAGCAGAAUAUCCAAGAAAUGUGCAGGUGCCUGGCUGUGAUGAUCCAGAAUGCAGUGCCACCGGUUCUCGCCAGGGAAGUGACAAUCAAAGUACUGCAAGCUCUGAACGACACAUUCCUAGAAAUGAAAACCACAGCAAAUUCGAAAUGGCUGCACAGAAUCAUGCCAGAAGUAGCAUUCGCUGUUAUACAUCCGACGGUUACGAGUCUGGAAUGUUUUGAAGAAAAGCUGCAUCCUACUACUAUAGAUUAUUACAAACUUCGUAGAUCUGAUCUCAUUUUUCAUGAUUUGCACAAAAUGAAGAAUCUGAAAGUGCUAAAUUUGGUAAAAUGGCAUAAAAGAGGCCUAAAUGACCAGGAUAUUACAGGCAAUUUGGAACGAGUUUCGUUUCACGGAUGUCAUGAUUGCGAUUUGGAAGUUCUCUCCAGAUGCUGCAAGGAUUUGAAAAGCCUUGACAUCAGCUACUCUUCGCAAGUGACAAAUCGAUCUGUGGACUCCAUUCUGAGGUUUCAACAUUUGGAAGAAUUAACAAUACACUCAACGUCGAUAACUAGGAGAGGCCAGAGGAAAAUGUUGAGAAGAUUUGCUGAAAUGAGGAUGUUGGGUAAUGAUGAAUCAUCUCCUUCUGCAUUCCUGAAGAGAUUUGCUUGCCAAAACCCAAGAGACACGCACAUAUGGCUGCUGACCGAAACAUUCCAAAAUCUCACAUCACUCUCAGUGACUCGAAUUAGGAACUGUAAUUUGAAUGCUCUGAAAAGGCUGAAACAUCUGUCAGCAUUGACUCUCAAACAUGGGGACUUCAGUCAUGUGGAAGAACUUCUUGCAGCUAUUGGCAGACAGCUUAUUUCCUUGCAUCUUGAGCUCAUUGAAGACCUUAACUUCAUGUUUAUUGUUCGUACAUGUAUAUCAGUACGUUGUCUCGGCCUUCUUUUGUACACUGAAUUCCCACCGAGUGGAAGUUGCUCAGAACACUUCAGUGGCGUGGCUGCUCUUGAAUAUCCUUCUGUUCGCUGUCUUCAUAUUGGUUUCAAAGGCAGGCAUAGCUGUGACAGUGCCUUGUCCUAUUUUGUGAACUUGAAAAAAUUGUACGUAAAUUGCGCUAUGAAUUCGCGGUUGUUCGGUAAGAUACUUACGCGUGAAGAACUCAAGUACUUGGAAGAAUUCGUCUGGCAUAGGCCAGAAACGCACACUGAUGCCCUGGUGCAGUUUUCUGAACAGUGCUCUGCUAUUUAUUUGUUUGGUUAUAACAAUAAGAGAUCCAGUUUCAGAAAGUACAUUGUUUCUAAUGAGUAUAUAUGUAUUCAUUCGGAACGAUAUUUCCGACACAUAUGUGAAACACAACUGUAGAAUCAAAUUUUGUCACCUGCGUUGUGCUUCCAUUCAUAUAGACGAAUUACUUUUUGUAACUGUAUCACAAAUUGUUUUUACAACCGUAAUACAAAGUAACAAAAGUACUGAAAUUAGGUAUGCAGGAAGACUGCUCUGGUAUGCGAUGUAACGCUGUGUAGUCUGGUGUAUAGCCGAUUACUCAGCCCAAAAACUAGAAGGCCUUAGUGAGCCCAUGGCCAAGCAUAGCAAACAGUGAAGUGGAGUGUACAAAAUCAGAUAAAACCUGUGAUCCUUUUGCGAUUCAAUCGACUACUUCAUAAAAAUUAAAAAAAAAAAUGAAAAUGAGGGACUUAAAGACUUACUGGUCAAUUUUGUAGCGGAAUUCCGACAAGAUAAUGCUAAACUUAAGGGGGAGACAGCGGGACUACAAGAAGAACGUGAAACUUCAGGAAAUAAAAUUCAGAAGAACUUAAAAUCAGAUAAUGCCAAAUAUAAAGAGGACAAAAAUUAAAAAUUCGGGAGAACAUAAAAUCAAAAUUUUGCAUGAGAAAUAAAAUCCAACAGUGGUAAAUUUUAAGAGUUACAUGAUAAGAUAAAUUCUAGCAGUAGAGACUUACAGGUGAAAUUCGAAUAAAAAAGAAUUUAAAGGGUAAAAUCAACCAGGUGCAAAAAGGAAUAAGAGAGGAGGUUAAGCAGGAAGCAGACAAACUCAACCUCAAAGUCGAGGAGAAAAAUAAACUUAGUCAGCAAUUUUCCACUAGGCUACAUACCCAGCAAAGCAAAGUAAUUCGACUACUCAAGCAAGUAAGUCAGGAAACAGAGGCUGAGUUAGUAGAAACUAAAAAGCAAAUAGAAUUUGCUUUGAGUAAAGUCAAAAACAAGCUAGAAAUUCACGAACAGAUAAUAGAAAGUAAUACAAACAAGCUGGACAGUUUAAAUAUAGAGGUGUAUCAGAUCAAAAAUGCUGUGAAAGAAACCUUUGACUUAGGUUUAAGGGAUUAGGGGAGAGAGAUGAGCUGAUCCAGUCUCAGCUACAAAAGGAUUUCGAGAAACAGCUUGAAGUAAUCGACCUAGAUAUUAAUAAGUUAAAAAGUAAAAUUCUGCAAAAAAACUGUGACCAUCUUUGCUUGCUCCUCAAUCCGCCACCCCUAGUAAUAAUUCAGAGUUUGCAAUUUCAUGUAAUUGCCAAAACAAUGCUUACAAUACAUGUAAAACAACACUGCAUCAACUUGUUGCCAUUAGUGGGUUAAACAGUUCUGAUGUCGUACUUCCCUUGUUUAACAAAAAUUCAGAAGUGAAUCCCGUCUUUCAUUUGAAAAGACUAGACAAGUUUUUUAAACUUAGGGGUGUAUCUCAAAUGUAUCAUCUGACAGUAUCCUGCAGGUCUGUAGUAGAAAAAUUAAGUCGACAAUGGCUUGAAGCCAUUUCCAACAAACUCACAGACUAUGAAAUCUUCAGAAAUGCCUUUUUAAGCAGUUGGUGGUCUGCAGCCCAACAAAGUUUAGUGAAAUGCAGUAUUUACUGGACAAAAUACGAUCGCAGAUCGAAAUUGUCUUACUCAGGUCAUUUCCUGAAGUACAUGACUUUAGCCUUCCACCUUGAACCCAAGGGGCCCAACUGAGUAGGUGUCUUCCUUUCUCACCUGAAGACGGAACCAUCCAGUUUCAGAAAUGCCAUGUCCUCUCUUACCUAAAAUUCCAGAUGAUGGAACAAGUCCAAACCCCCAGUAAUUCUGUGUGUCAUCCACCAUCAUCAGAACCCUUUAGAAUCUACUUGAAGUUUCGCGCUCAAGUAACUUCGUAACAUUCAUAACUGUGCUUUGCACCGACGGGAUUGAUAUGACACCAACAGACAUUUAGGUGGACAGUUAUCAGAUGUAUAAAUAUGGUAGCUAUAUUGCUCAUUUUAUACAUAUAUUGCCGAAAAAGUUAUCAUGCUGCUGGGUGUUACCCUUUAUAGCAAAUAAUUCUGUCACACCGUAAGGGUUUGUUUGUACAUAGCAGUAUUUUGUUUUAUGACCAUGAAGGCCAUGAAGUUUUAGUUCUGGAGGUUUGUACUGCGAUUAUGGAAGGUGUAGAGCGUGUAGAGUUGGAGUAGGCGCGGUAAGGACGUUAUCACAUAAUAACCAGUGCACAGAUUACAAUCCAGCUGAAGAGCUAGGUGUAUUUGUAGUCAAAAACUGCUCAACUUAAUAAAACCUCGAGUGGUUUCUUCAGAGAGACGAAAUAGAUGUAAUUUAACGGAGUGUAAUCAAUUUAACCUUAAAUAUGCCAGGGUUGCAGGCAUUCUAUUCUACAUAAUCGGCUUUUAUAUUUUACCGCAUAUGAUGAAUGCACUUCUGUAACCUCCAGUGUCUAAUUACGUCAGUAAUUGUAAAUACAUAUAUACAAGUAUAUAUAUUUCUUUUUUUGCUAUCAUGAUAAUUCGUUCGUUGAUAGCUUCAUAAUGUACGAAGCAAUAAAGAACAAAAUAACGGAAAUUAUCAAAACAUGGGUAUGCUACAGUUAUAUUACAUGAAGAAUGAUAAUUACGUAUGUUACGGAAUGGAUUCGUAACAGCAAUUGUCAUGCCACUUUAUUUAUGGAUCUGAGGUUCUCACAGCAGACAUGAGGAAUGGCUUAUAGUAUACAAUGCCAUAUACUGCAGUUAAAAUAAGUUACUGUUUGUUGACUUUUGCUAGACUACACAGCAUUAUGUUGUAUAAGUCUCUGUGAGACUUUGUUGUUUAAAAACGUUAUUCAAACUACAGUAAAACCCACCUUUUGAAUACAGGACCCCCUUUAAUUGACAGUAUUAAAGACUAUUAUACAAGUAUAUUUAAGAAAAUUGCAAUUGUCAAUGCUUUUAGGUAUAGGCCACAUCACACUGAAAGGCAAUGCUCAUAAGAUUACUGAAGAAAUGGAGAGGAUACAGACACCGAUUUGUACCCUGGAUUGUUCUGAACCUCAAAAACAGAUCAAAGAGGGUCAUUGAGGUGGGAGAAAGAGACAAGAUCGUAGAUGAUGAUGUCCUGCUGUCAGCAUUGUUAUGCCUUCUGCCACACCUGCAGUCAACAGUGUACAGCAGUCUGCCUCCAGUUGCAGUUGCAGACAGGAAUGCAAGUGUUACAGAGACAGUUCUUGGGUUCUGUGUGACCCGAGCACCUAGCAAGGUACCUGGAGCCGGCACAGGGGUGAGGGUUGCCCGAGGCAGAGUCAAGAAGGGAUCUCUUGUUGCUCUUUAUCCUGGAACAUUGUAUCAUCGUGAUGAGCCAGUUUUGCUGCCCUCUAUUGGUAAUGCCUUUGUACUGCGAUGUCUGGAUGGUAUUCAUGUCGAUGGCAAUGAUCAGCGAAUGUCCAAGUUGAUAUAUAAGUCAUGUGUGAGGCGCGAUUCUGUGUGGCCUUAUCAAGCAGGGGACCUCACAUGGCUUACAGAGCAUCCUGUGAUGCCACUCAACAUUGGCCAGUAUGUCAACAAUCACAGUCCAGGCUUCCCUGCCAAUGUGGCUUACCAGGAGAUCACUGUACCACUGUCAUGCAUUCCUCCAGAGCAGAGAUGCUUUCUGCCCAAUGUAUGGUACAGCAGCGGUUCCCACUGUGACCACCUCCGACUGGUGGCUCUAGUGUCUAUCGAAAACAUUGAACAGGGUGACGAAGUGCUUUCAGCUUACUACACUGUGAUACAUUGAGUAUAUCUGAUUGGUCCUUUCCCUGUUAGCAAACUGACUGAACCAGUGUGGCAGGUUUUUACUGGGACUUCCAUGAUCAGAUCUGGCUGAUGCUUAGAAUUUGGUUCUCUGUUUCUUGUAAUUAUAAAGACGUCAAGAGAUGGUACAGCCAGGAAAAAUAUUUCAUUUCAAUCUGUCACUGACAUAGCAAUGUUUCUUGGUUUAUUUAGAGUCUCAGAAAUGGCCACAAGUUUCUCAUGUAGCCUGCAGUGCUAAGAUAUGUGACGGUAACAGUGUCAGCAUAUUGGUUUGCUUUGACCAAUCAGCUCCAUGAAGCUGACUGCUACUUAAGAAGCCUACAGUUGCUCAGCUACUCGAGAUGUACUCACAAAAUGUUUCCCAACCUGAAGGUUCAUUACCAUGUCCACAGUAGCCAGCUACAGGUCUCUAAUCUGGGCUAGAUUCACAGCCUCCCUUCCUGCUUCUUUAAGAACAAUUUUAAUGUUAUCCUCCCAUCUCAGUCUAGGUCUUCCUAGUGGUCUCUUCAGGUUUGACUGCAUUGAUUUUCUGUCCCAUGUGUGCUGCAUGUCCUUCCCAUCUCAUCGUCCUAGACUUGACAAUCAAACAAUUUACAAAGCUCCUGAUUAUGUAGUUUUCUCCAUCCUGUUAAUUCAUCCC